AUGGAACGCAACAAUGAAGCGUACAUGCCGCACAGUGUACCAAAGUUUUCGGCUACUACGUUCAAUAAUGCAAAUUUCGGCAUGGAAUAUUUCAAAUCAAUUGAUUGUUUAGUUGUCAAGCAUAUGUUUUCCUGUAUGGAAGCAUGGACUGGUAUUGCAAUGCAGGCAAAAUAUGACAUUUAUAAUCAAAAUGGUGAAAAAGUGUUCUAUGCAAUUGAAGGAUGUUGCUGGUGUGGUAGUUGUCCAUCAUGUAUGCAAGAAGUCGUGGUCGAAGCACCACCAGGCAAUGUUAUUGGAAUAAUUAAACAAGAAGGUAGUAGUUGGCGAAUGAACUAUGUAAUUAAAGAUGCCCAUGAACAACCUAUAUUAAAUAUCAUCGGUCCAUGUUGUAUCUGUGAUGGACCAUACUCAUGUUGUUGUGAGAAUAAAUUCACUUUAUUUGGUAGUGAUCGAAUAACAGAAAUUGGAGCUAUUUAUAAAAAAUAUUCUGGCUUUCUUAAAGAAGCUUUUACAAGUUCUGAUGUUUUUUCAAUGCAUGGUGAGUGUAUGGAUUUAUUUUGA